AUGUUCCUUGAUUCUGCAAGUCCUCUGCUAAGAUCUUACCAAAGCACCCUCGAGCGAUCUGAUACAAUAAAGACAAAAUUACUCAAUGCUUCACCCCCAAUGCAUCAGCAUGAACUUGUAACCAGACAAACAACCACAACAAUUCCUGAAUAUGAUCUAAGGUUUCAAUAUGUGAUUCUGAAAUCCCUUCAAACAAUUUUACAACAGGAUUCAGAAAGGAUACUACCAUACUACAUUAAAGCUGAAAUGGCUUCACCAGCAAGUUUUGUGUCACCAGGGUGCGAAGCAAAAUAUGACUUUGAAAAUAAUCAUCUACCUCAACCAAGCACGUGUCCUUGUGCAAUAAAGCGCAUUUGCCCAUAUGAAGUUUGUAAUGAACUCGGGAUCUGCAGCACCUGGGCUGAAACAAGAAUGCAUGUAGAUGCUGAUAUCCAGGCUGAUUCAUUUGAGUGUGGUUUCCCAAUAAAAUGUAUAAAAUGUGGAAAAGCUAUACAGGACCGGAGCUCUUGUCAACAGCGUUAUUUAAUACCCAUUUAUGAGUGUAAUUCAUGUAUUGCACAUGGCACAACAGGACCUGAUAUGACUUCAUACCUUGAAUCCAUUGCUGGGCACAAUACAGCAGCUGAUCCAAGAAUUGUUCCCUGUGAGUACUGUAAGAAAAAAUUCGAGACGGUCCGGGGCAUGAGGAUACAUGUGGGGCAUGUCCACAAAGGAGCCAGAGCUAAGCAUUAA